UUAAAUUUCCCGCAAAGUUUAAAAGCCAUUUUUGUGCUGAACAUUGAUGAGGAAGUAUACUGCCCUCUAAGAGAGUCCUCCAACCAGCCAAAAAAAGCAGAACUUCUCUAUUUACAGCACUGUACCAUCAGCCAUAGUCUCACCAUGCCUGGCAUUGAGAACAACCGUCUUGCUUCUUUCAAGAACAAGGGACGGGAUGGAGGUGAGAUGCGCCGGAGAAGACAGGAAGUCACAGUGGAACUGCGCAAGGCAAAGAAAGAUGACAACCUCAUGAAACGGCGCAACAUCCAACUGGAGGAGGAUGCCCCGUUGCCUCUACAGGAGCAAAAACAGCCAACCGUUGCCAUGACAGUGGAGGAGAUUGUGGCUGGAGUGAACUCCAACGAUGCCAGCAAGCAAUUCCAGGCUGUCCAGGCAGCUAGGAAGAUGCUGUCCCGUGAGCGCCAUCCUCCCAUCAAUUCCAUCAUCAGGGCUGACCUUAUCCCCAAAUUUGUGGAGUUCCUCCCCUACGACGACAAUCCAGCCAUCCAGUUUGAGGCUGCGUGGGCUCUCACCAAUAUUGCAUCGGGCACCCCAGAGCAGACUAUGGCUGUAGUCAGGGCCAACGUUAUCCCACAUCUUGUCAAGCUCCUGUCCUCCCCCCAGGAGAACGUCAGAGAGCAGGCUGUCUGGGCAUUGGGCAACAUUGCAGGUGAUGGUGCCGUGCUGAGAGAUGAAGUAAUCAGACAUGGAGUGCUAGGCCCACUUCUGCAGCUCAUCACACCGACUACAUCAGGCCCAUAUCUUCGCAACAUCACCUGGACCCUAUCCAACCUGUGUCGUAACAAGAACCCAGCCCCUCCUGAUGAGGUGGUGAUGGGCAUCCUGCCUGCCUUGGGAUCCCUCAUCUACAACUGUGACAAGGAAGUGUUGGCUGAUGCCUGCUGGGCCCUGUCCUACCUCACUGACGGCACCAACCAGAGAAUCAACCACGUGGUGCGGGCUGGUGUGGUACCAAGACUCGUCCAACUCCUUGCCUGUGAGGAGAUUUCAGUCGUGACUCCAACUCUUCGCACCCUUGGCAACAUCGUGACAGGAACUGAUGAACAGACCCAAGCUGUGGUGGAUGCUGGUGCUCUUCCCCUCAUGUACGCCCUGCUCCAUCAUUCCAAACCCAACAUCAAGAAGGAAUCCUGCUGGACGAUCAGUAAUGUCACAGCCGGCAACGUGGCGCAGAUCAACGAGGUCGUCAAAGCAGGACUGCUCAAACCUCUGGUUGAAGUCAUGGCAAAGGGUGAUUACAAGUGCCAGAAGGAGGCCUGUUGGGCCGUCACCAAUCUGACAUCAGGCGGCACUGUAGAGCACAUUGUGGCUGCUGUGGAGGCGGGCUGCCUGAAACCCUUGUGCAAUCUCCUGGCAGUCCAAGACACCAAGAUUAUACUGGUCAUUCUGGAAGCUCUCAACAACAUCCUUGCGGCUGGAGAGAGUGUGGGACAGCUUGAACAGGUUGCCUUGCUGAUAGAGGAAUGCGAAGGCUUGGAUAAGAUUGAGAAGCUUCAGGAUCACGAGAAGACCGAGGUGUACGAGGAGGCCGUCAAACUCAUCGAGCGGUACUUCUCAGAGCAGGGUGCAGAGGAGGCCCAACUAGCUCCUGAGACUAACGCCAAGAAUGAGUUUGAGUUUAAUCCCAUGGUAUCUCAGCAACCCAUCGCCAUCUAAAGCUGCCAUCUGGUGAUGCACAAAUGCUACAGCAAUUCAACCACUGGCUGACUUGUAUAGUUUCUAUUCUUUGGUUUAUAUAAUGUGUAAGUGAUCAAUUGGAAAGAGAAGUCACAUGACUGUUGGCACUCGGGGGGGGGUCAAAUCUUGCUUAUCAUUGGAUGAAGCGGCCUGAAAAAGCAAGCCCUCCCAUCACUAAAGCACCAAGUAAUCUCAACGGGUGAUUUAAAAAGAUGCCAUUUUUCAGUGCAACAAAUGUUACACAGGUCAAGUAUGAAUUAAAAAUGAGCUCAUUAUCCACAAGUCUUCCAUUACUAAUCGUGCCUGCUUCAACUCUCAGAUCAUGUGCCUUAAACCCCUUUGGCUUUUUGUGUACAGAAUAUAAUAGAUGACUUCAGCAGUGUAGCUAACUUUGAUAUAUGUUUAUUCAGAAGUUACAAGUUCAUGUCAAAAGGCUGAUUGUUGCUUUCAGAAAGUUUUUCUAUCAGUGUUUGAACAGUUUUUCCAAGAAACGUGUUUUGAUCUGGUAAAUUUGAAAUUCUACUCCAAAAAUUAUGUUGGUUGAAAUUAUGAUCCAUGUAUUUACCAGCUUGGAAUUUGAUACACAUACAUAUAGCCACAAUUCAAUAAAUCAGAAAUUACAAGUAACUUCAUUCCUCCUACUUGUUUGGAAACAUGGGAUAAAUUGCCAAAAUCAAUGUAAAUGUGUUAAGCAAAAUUACAAAACUUAAAAAAAAGCAAAGAAACAUACAAUCUGCCGUCAAUUCAAGUUGACAGAAUUUAUUAAAUUUAUGCAAAUUAUAUCCAUGAUUAAGAUUACAAAAAAAGUGAAGUUAAUGUCCCACAAAUGCUGUUUUAUUUCAUCCACAUUUCUGUUGAAUUUUCGGACCUGUUCAAGAUCUGUAAAUAGCAAAUACGUGUAAGACAAAGGGCGUUAUGCAUUUGCCCAUAUAUGGCAAAGAAUUAUAUCAUUCAACAUGUACAUACUGUGAUGAAUUCAAACAUGUUUCAACUUGUCCUCAUCUUGAGCUAUUUAAAAGGUUCGUUUGCAAAUAAACUUGCUUUGGAAAGAA